AUGGGCUUCCGCGACCUCUUGUCAUGUUGCGGAGGAUGGGCGCGAAACGAGUCAAUCGAUUCCAAGGAUUCCAACGAUCGGCUUAUGACGGCACGACCUCGCGCACCAGCAAUUACAAUCACGACCAGCGAUGGCGACAGCAGCAGCUUCGGACCGACUGGAAUCAGGCGGCCACGAGACUCUGCCUCGGGGCGCAGAAGAAGCCUGAAGCCGAUCGACGAGGAGGAACAGGCGGCAAUCAGGCGAUACAAAUCGCUCAUUCAAGACAGAAAACCCAAGGAGUUGAACAGUUUGUACUUUGGUGAAGAAGGUCCCGGCACUGACAUGGUCGGGAGAAGGGUUACCGGUGUAGGAGGAGGAGGGAUUCAGCAGAAUGUGAUUAAAGACAAGGCAAGCAGCACGCCUUACGGCAACGACAGCAGUGGCUUUGCGAACAACGGAUAUCAACAUGUGACUAGCGGAGGUUCAUUACAGUAUGACUAUGCGGGAACGCGGGAGGAUUAUUGA